CAGAAGGGGAGACUGCCGGGUUUCUUUCUAUAUGAGAUGUCAGUUGCCGGCAUGACUUAGACGAAUCGGUUGACGCGGAUGGUAAACUGAGUGGAUGCGUUUGCGGUUGGUGAGGGAGGCGGGGAGGGGCUCUCGUAAAUUAGUUCAAAUGUAAUGGUUUCAGCUCGCUGCAAUGUCGCUGGGCGGAACCCGGCAUCGCGGGGGUGCUGGGUGGGGAGGGAGUAGCAAACGACCGUUGUCAAGGCGGGCGGCAGCGAGGGAGGGAGGGAAUGGCUGCGGUUUCCAGGGAAACCGGUUCCUUUCAGCGGAGGCGCCGUGAUCGCAGUGAGGGUGAAAGGUCGGAGCUGGGAGUGAAAGGUCGGAGCUGGGGUGAAAGGUCAGAGCUGGGAGAGGGGGGAGGUGAGGGAGACAGAGGCUCUCAGCAGGAAUGCGGCAGUCGGCACAAAAACUCCAACCUGGGUCUAGGAAUCUGCUGCAAUUGCCGCUCACACCGAGAGCGAUCUUUAAAUAUAUAUAUAUAUUUAAAAAGGAGCCAGCCUUGUCGCACGGAGGAGCGCGAGGUGAAUUACUCCCAACCCCAAAGGCCGGUGACUUCUGUCGCGGAGCGGGUUGUGUGAGUUUGAUGAAGCAAAGAUUGUUGUUUGUAGACCUGGCUGAAUAACAUCCCUUUGAAGUGAACUCCGAGAUGAAGAGGCACCUGCUCAGUGUGAUGUGUUCCCGUGUAUCUUGCUACCAUGUUGCAAGAAGCAACAAUCUUCGAGUGCGAGUUUACUGCUCACAGCCCACCCAAAAACCCAUCUCCAAGACUCCAUAUGAAACCACCAGUGCUACGCAGCUGAAGUGGGUGGAACUGAGCAAAGAUUUAAGCAAAAAGGCUGUAGAGCAUAUUCGAAUCACAACCAAUUCCAUGUGGGAGAAAUAUGAGGAGUUUGUUGGACUGAAAGAGGUGCAAGAGGCACAGUUCAAAGUCACUGAGGCAGAGAAAGCUUUCAUGGUGGCUCGAGGUGUUGUUCGACAGAGUCGGGAAACCCUUGAAAAUCAGCAGUCGAAACUGAAGGAAGUUCGAGACAGAUUAGACAGAGUCUCACGAGAGGACAAUCGCUAUCUAGAACUGGCCACACAGGAGCAUAAGCUGCUACAGGAAGAGCGACGACACCGAAUAGCUCAUGAAAAUGCAGAGGAGCUGGAGCGUGAAACAUUCGCUCACUUUUCUGCAGCAGUGCGAGAAAGCCAUGAGAAAGAGCGGACUAGAGCAGAGAGAACAAAAAACUGGUCUGUGAUUGGGUCUGUGUUGGGUGCAAUGAUUGGGGUUCUGGGAUCAACCUACAUCAACAGAGUUCGCUUACAGGAGCUGAAAGGAUUACUUCUUGAGGCACAGAAAGGGCCAAUUAACUUGCAAGAAGCUCUUAAAGAGCAAGCCUCCGUACACCAAACUCAAAGCCAAGAACUCAGUACACUUGUAACAAGUCUGAAGGAGCUAGUACAUGAUGAAAGUGCAUUUCAGCAAGCAGGUAAGGAGGCCACCACUAAACUGAAAAAAGCAGAAUCUGGUCUGAAACCAGAUCAUGUCAUGGAUGCUUUGAAGAAACACGCAAGCUCCUCAAAACAGACCAGUGUAGCAUUAGAAGGACUAGAAUUGAAAUUAACUGGGGUAGAACAGGCACUUGGAAAGAUGGCAUCUGACAUUAAGACAGUAAAAUCUGUCACACAGGCUAAGGCUUCACAGACUGUUUCUUCAGGAUUGACACAGGAUUGGCAGAUUCUUGCUACAGAGAAUAUGAUUGAUGGCUUAGCAGAGACUGAGAAAAGGCUAGAAUCAUAUAUCCGAGCAAAUUCUGUGUAUAACACUGUACUGACAUAUGCUGCGUUCGCCCUCACCCUGCCAGUGUUAUAUGUGCUUUUCAAAGGGAAUUGAAAGACACUGCAGUGCGUGAAUGUUGCACGUAGGCUUUGUGCUGUUUUGAGAAAAGUGGAUAUUAUUUUCCAGUAAUUGGGACAAUUAGUUUUGGCAAUUGAAGUUUUUUUUUUAAAUUUUGUGAGCAGUAUUAUCUUGACCUUGUUCUUUUUUAUCUUUGAGAGAAAGAACCGGUGUUUAAAUAGCCUCUCACACCCUUUGGACAUUUUGCCAAUAGAUUGCUUUAGAAAUGAGUCACUGUUAUUAUGCAGAUCAUUCAAUAUUGCUAACCAACUGAACUCUGGAAUAAGAAGCUUCAAACCUAAGGAUUCACUUUAUUUUCACUUUUAAUUCCCAUUUGGAAAAUUCCAUAGGGAAAUGCAUUUUGGGUGCAUUGUUCUUGUUAAAAUAAAUUGCAUAGUAAAUAAUAGACAAAGUCACAAAUCUAUAUUUAAUUUAAAAUGUAUUAAAACAAUUGCAGGGAUAUUCGAAUAAUCAGUCAGUGAAUCUAUUGAAAACAUAUCCUCGCCCAUACAUCAGCUUUUGUUAUAUGUUCAGCAGGAGAAUGGCGCAUUUAAGUUCAGGAGUCACUUUGAUCUGCAUCUGAGGAAUUAUAGUCUCUUUGAAGGCGUCCAGCAGACCUACCAAGACAAUAGGUAAUUCUCAUUAUUCAUGACAUCUUUUAGCAAAACUCUUUCAGAUUUCAUCAAAGUAGAUCAACUCUUUAAAACCUUUCUUGUCCACUUUACCAAUAUCUGUACUCUUAAGCAGUAAGUUUCCUGAAGAUAGCUGCACUGGGCAAGGCUUCCAAAAUUGAAAGCAGUCUUAACUAUAGCUGUAUAAUAGAGUUUCGCAAUUGUAGAGUCAACUCAAAGAUUUUAAUUUUCUAAGAUAGUAUAAUCAUGUAAGCCCUUUGACGACCACAGUCUACAUUCUUCUUGCCAAUUCAAAUUAUUAUUAUAUAAGUGAUGAGAACUCCUCGAAUCCAUUAGUCCAAUUCCAAACCAUUGUUUAAACUCCAGGAUCACCACAGUAGAAAUCUCAAAUCAGAUUUCUCUGCUCUCUGGGAGAUUCACUUCAGCUUUUCUAAAAUGUCUGGCACAGAAAACAAUGUCAAUGUGAUCUAAUGCUAUUUAGUACAAUGGGGCAAGUGUCAAUCAGCCCAUUCCUGAAGAAGGGCUUAUGCCCGAAACGUCGAUUCUCCUGUUCCCUGGAUGCUGUCUGACCUGCUGCGCUUUUCCAGCAACACAUUUCCAGCAAGUGUCAAUCAUUCUAGGUUGAAGAAAAAUAAGACAACUACUAAAAAAAACUGUUGGUAAUUUGCUUGGAAGUUGAGAAUUUUAAAAAGGCAUUGGUUUUUAUGCAUUACACCCACUUCCAAAUGGAUGAAAAAUAAGGAUAGAUGAAAUAGGAGCAGGAAUUCCUGUAUAUCUUGAUUUCUUGAGACCAUGGAGCAUUUGUCUAUAUGGAUAAGAGAUGUUUAGAUCAAGAGAUUCUUUUAAUGUAAAGGAACAUUUUAUUUCAAAAUACACGAUACAUGAAGACUUCUUUUGCUUCACAGAAGAGAUAAACCUUCCUACCCAAUUAGAGUUUAAAAAUCAAAGCUUUGCAAUUAUCCAAAUGAAAAGUUAUAAUUUUUUCUUUAAAAUGAUUCUAGAAAGAAGUCAGGCAAUUUGUCACAAUUUCUGCCUCCAGUAAAGUUUUUGAAAACUGUUUUCAGUGACGUUCAUUGUGUCCUUGUGUUAUGAUUGACAUAUGAUUUCAGCAUUCAGCACCAGUGCUCCCUGUCCAUGCAGUUCUCUAUAUUCCUAAUAUAUAGCGAGGAGUCCAGCAGAAAAGGCCUUUGAAUUAACUCUACGAAGACUAGAAUCUGGUCACCAAGCAAAUUGCCAACACAAUUUGUUUAGUAGUUGUCUCAUUUCUCUUCAACCUAGAAUGAUUAAUUUGACACUAGCCCCAUUGUACUAAAUAGCAUUAGAUCAUUUUCAUAUUCACCAAUUAUGCCUAGUAUAUGACACUGACCCAACUAGCUCAGGGCUGGCUCCUGAAGUGAGCAAACCCCUGACACUCCUGGUUUUUUUUCCGUAGUUACAUUCUUUUUUACUUUUGUAAACUGUGCAUUGUUUAAUAAACAAUUAACAGCUGUUUACAGAAAAACAGCAAUUUACAAGGGA